AUGAGCUCUCUUAAGACUUCCGCGCUGUUCGGGCGCAAGCGACCAAACCUGAUUGCGUCCGAUGUCGCCCAGUAUAUCCAACAACAGUCCAACGCUCGUUUGAAGAGGGCAGUUAAAGAGAGAGUCCCCCUGGAUGAUUUAUACUUUGGAGAUGAUUGUUACCCAGCCUGGGUUGACAUGUGCGAUGGCAAAGCCGAAGAAAGCUACCAUAUUCAAAUCCAAAAAAGGCUGCUCAAUCUCGACGCCUCGCUUUUCGUCGACAGCUGCCUUCGAGAGAAGCUCAGAGACACAUGCAAUGCAAAGCUUGAAGAGGCACGACUACUAGGCCUUGGCCUCGCAGACAUCAGGAUAGGAGACGGGCUUUUACCCGAGUGGGAUCAAUCGGCCGUCGAUAUGGCAAUUCCUCUCGAGGUUGAGCCUGUGAAGGAUGACUGGGAGGAUUCGGCUGAGCGAGACGCUCUUACUUUUGGAGCCGCUUUAGUACGCAACAAAGCCAAAGCCAAAGCCAAGUCGACAGCCCCGGAAGACAACACUGCCGCUCUGUUCAAGGACGAUUCGUCAACCGCUUCAUCAGACACCUGGGAUAGUAGCUCCUUCUUUUACAGCGAUGACAAGAACGAACAUGGAGAAGCCGUUGACGAGCGCUAUGCCAUGUUCAGUGGGGGCGAUCCUCAGCCUCUGCCCCAUCGCUACUCGGAGAGCGAUGAUGAAGCCCCACACAUUCUUUUCGAUGUUGAGAUGUUGGGUGGUCCUGAUGGCACCUACAAUCUCGCAGUCGACGCUACCGCCUACGAGUUUUUCUUCCCUACCACAGACGCUGUGGACGCGAAUCUCCCUGGCAUGGACUUGGAGUGCUCACUCGAAGGCCCAUUCACCGAGGCUGACUACCUUUCUCACGCAGCUGAAUGGGGAGACGGAGGCUUUGACCUUGGCUCUACAGAGGAGGAGGAGGAGGAACAAGAUGAGGAAGGGGAAGAAGCCAUGAUGAUGGACGGAGAGAACGAACUUGAUAAAGAUGUCAUGAUGGAGUUCUAG